AUGGGUUCUAAUGCCAGGUCCUCAGCUAUCCUCGUGUCGGCCUCUUGGGACUGCACAUUGCACAUUUGCAACAUGAAGGACGAUUCGAGCGAGCCGAUAAAGAUUGCACUGCCAGGAAAACCCCACUCGCUCGCCGCCAGUCCGACCAAGGUCGUUGUGGCGAUGACGGGCCGAAUCAUAAACAUUUACGAUUUCAACACCAUCUCGGACCUGUUCGCUUCCGGCAGCUGGGAGUUGAAGCCUUGGCAGCAGCGGGAGUCUUCUCUGCGAUUCCUCACUCGUGCGGUGGCCUGCAUGCCCAACGACGCCGGCUACGCUACUAGCAGUAUCGAAGGCCGAGUUGCGGUGGAGUGGUUCGAAGACACCGACGAGUCUCAGGCGCGAAAAUUUGCAUUCAAAUGCCAUCGACAACCUGCGGCUGAUGGGGACGGCGACAUGGUCUACCCGGUCAACGCACUGGCCUUUCAUCCCAUACACGGAACCUUUGCCUCGGGCGGUGGCGAUGGGACGGUGGCCUUGUGGGAUGCCGUGGCGAAGCGAAGGCUGAAGCAGUACCAAAAAUUCCCCAACAGCGUCGCGUCACUAGCCUUCUCCAACGAUGGAAAGUAUCUGGCCAUUGGAGUUUGUCCAGGAUUCGAAACCGGACAGGAAGACUACAAUGGCGAGGGUCAGACAUUCAUUUUGAUUCGGGAGCUUGGGGACAACGAGGCAAAAGGCAAGGCCGCCAAAUAA